AGCUGAAGGGGAGACACUGACAGAAAGAGGAUGGAAGCUCUAGCUGUGUUUGGAGCGAUCCCCUGUGUUUCAUCCUUUCACUCCCCAACCGAGAGGAAUGGCAGCUCUUCCAACUUCCGGAAGCUUUUUCUACGCACCCACCACCUCGCUGCAUUGCGCCCAUCUUCACUCUUUUCGUCUUCUCCUCCUCUCUCCACUUCUAAAAUGCGCACCAGGAGGAACAAAACCCACAUCUUCCUUCCUCACUUGGUUGCUUCCAUGGAAGAAGUUGAAGAGACAUACAUCAUGAUAAAGCCCGAUGGCGUUCAACGAGGUCUGGUGGGAGAGAUCAUUUCGAGGUUUGAAAGGAAGGGAUUUAAACUCACAGGCUUGAAACUUUUCCAAUGCCCCAAGGAACUCGCAGAGGAACAUUACAAGGAUCUUAAGACUAAGCCUUUCUUUCCUAAGCUGAUCGAGUACAUUACUUCAGGGCCAGUUGUCUGUAUGGCUUGGGAGGGUGUUGGUGUUGUUGCUUCUGCAAGAAAGCUUAUAGGUGCAACAAAUCCCCUUCAAGCUGAACCAGGCACUAUCAGAGGGGAUUUAGCAGUACAAACAGGAAGGAAUGUCGUCCAUGGAAGUGACAGCCCUGAAAAUGGUAAACGUGAAAUAGAUCUCUGGUUCAAAGAAGGAGAAUUAUGUCAAUGGGUACAUGUUCAAGCACCUUGGUUAAGGGAAUAAUUUUUCAUGAUGUACUCGUGGGUUUGGUUUACAUGUCAGAAUGUCAAUCGAUGAUUUCAAGCAACGAUCCGAGAUGAAAUUGCAAUAUGGAGGCAUCAUUUUUGUGACAAGAAUAAAGCAAUUAUCGAGAUAAGGGUGUAUAAAAUCCUUGCCCUCUGUUUUUUUGCUUUUUUGUAGUGACAUUUACAUGUGCCCAAAUUCAAGAAUCCAUGUCCUUGAA